AUGGCGAACUCGGCAAGAGGCAGCGAUAACGGGUCGGGCAGGAGCCGGAGAGGACGUGGUAGAGCCGGCGCUGCCAGUAGGAGAAGGAAGACAGAGAGAGAAGAGGAUGCCGAGUUGUUACAUGAGGAAGAAGAGGAGGAAGAAGAUAAGACUACAGUAUUUACAGAGUCGCCAGCAUUUAUUCGUGGUACGUUGAGAGAGUACCAGAUCCAGGGUCUCAAUUGGCUGAUUUCGCUGCACGAAAAUAGUAUUUCGGGUAUUUUGGCAGACGAAAUGGGACUGGGCAAAACGCUGCAGACAAUCUCGUUUUUAGGGUACUUGAGAUGGGUUCGAGGCGUCGAGGGUCCUCAUAUUGUUAUUGUACCGAAAAGUACUUUGGACAAUUGGAGUCGAGAGUUUGCUAAAUGGACACCCGAAGUUAGUGUGUUUAUUCUGCAGGGAGAUAAGGAAAGCCGAGCAGAGAUUAUCAAUGAAAAACUUCUGGAAUGCGAUUUCGAUAUCUGUGUGACGUCUUAUGAGAUGGUUAUUCGUGAAAAGGCUCAUUUGAGGAAGAUUGCCUGGCAGUAUAUUAUUGUAGAUGAAGCGCAUAGAAUCAAAAACGAAGAGAGUAUGCUGUCUCAGAUUAUCAGGUUAUUUCACUCACGAAACCGUCUUCUUAUUACUGGUACUCCAUUACAGAAUAAUUUACAUGAACUAUGGGCACUGCUUAAUUUUCUGCUGCCAGAUGUGUUUUCCGACUCACAGGUGUUUGACCAGUGGUUUGAGAGUCAAGGCUCAGACCAGGAUAAAGUGGUUCAACAACUACAUAAAGUGCUACGACCAUUUUUACUACGAAGAGUUAAAGCCGAUGUGGAAAAGUCGCUGCUGCCCAAGAAAGAGGUUAAUGUAUAUAUCGGUAUGUCGGAGAUGCAGGUCAAAUGGUACCGAAAACUGCUGGAAAAGGAUAUCGACGCGGUAAAUGGAGCCAUUGGCAAACGAGAGGGCAAAACUCGACUAUUGAACAUUGUAAUGCAGCUGCGGAAAUGCUGUAACCACCCAUAUUUAUUUGAGGGCGCCGAACCCGGCCCUCCCUAUACGACUGACGAACAUUUAGUAUUUAACUGUGGUAAAAUGAUCAUUCUCGACAAGCUGUUAAAGAGAAUGAAGGAGAUUGGCUCGCGAGUGCUUAUUUUCUCGCAGAUGAGCCGAAUGCUCGAUAUUCUAGAAGACUACUGUAUAUUCCGAGAUUACGAGUACUCACGAAUCGACGGUUCUACAGGCCAUGAAGACAGAAUCGCUGCUAUUGACGAUUAUAAUAAAGAAGGGUCCGACAAGUUUGUAUUUUUGUUGACGACACGUGCUGGUGGUCUGGGUAUCAAUUUGACCAGUGCCGAUAUUGUGGUGUUGUACGAUUCUGACUGGAAUCCCCAGGCCGAUUUACAGGCCAUGGAUAGAGCACAUCGUAUUGGCCAGACAAAACAGGUUUAUGUGUACAGGUUUGUGACUGAAAAUGCCAUUGAAGAGAAGGUUUUAGAACGAGCGGCUCAGAAACUGAGACUGGACCAACUGGUUAUUCAACAAGGCCGUGCUACUAGUAGUACUAAGGAUUCUAAAGACAGUGGAAGCAAUUCUAAAACCAAUGCUGCUGCAUCGAAAGACGAGUUGUUACGGAUGAUCCAGCAUGGAGCACCAGCCAUUUUCGAGAACUCGACUGGUACUAUCACCUCGGACACCAGUAUUGAUAGUAUUCUGAAACACGGAGAGGAACGAACAGCCGAGCUCAAUUCACGAUAUGCCAAGCUAGGACUCGACGAUUUACAAAAGUUCACAUCGGAUUCAUCUGCAUAUGAAUGGAAUGGUCAGGACUUUGCCAAACGUAAUAAACUCAACAACGGCAUGGCAUGGAUCAACCCGUCUAAACGAGAACGUAAAGAACAUGCUUAUUCAAUUGACAAUUAUUAUAAAGAAGUGAUGGCCACUGGUAACAAUGCCAAUAACAACGGAUUCAAACCUCGAUAUACAUCGGGUCGAACCCCCCGGUUCCUGAAACAAGCCAACAUUCAAGACCAUCAAUUCUACACGCCACGACUUCGAGAACUACAAGAAAAAGAGCUCGCCUAUUCGCGUCGUCAAGCAGGAUAUCUUCUUAGUGAAGGAGAUAUUACCGAAGUCGACGAAGGACAAACAAGACAAGAGCGAUUAAAAAUCGAAAACGAUCUUAUUAAAAACGCCGAGCCGCUAACUGAAGAAGAAGAGGCUGAAAAGAAUGAGCUGGCUGCGUCUGGAUUCGACAACUGGGCAAGACGAGAUUUCACCACAUUCAUCCACUUAAUCGCUAAACAUGGACGACACAAUUACGAAGCAGUAGCAGCUGAUUUCAACGAUGAAGACAAGACUGCUGACGAAAUCAAACGAUACUCGGAAGUGUUCUGGAAACGAUAUAAAGAAAUCGACGGCUAUGACAAGUACAUUGCCCAAGUUGAGCAAGGAGAAGAGCGGAUGCGCAAAAUGGGUCGUCACAAAGAACUUCUACGACAAAAGAUCGAACAAUACGAAGCACCUUUAAGUACCAUGGACGUAACGUAUCCAGCUACUGCCAAGAAGAUAUAUUCUAUUGAGGAAGACCGGUUCCUGUUAGUAGCGAUCAACGACAUCGGGCUCGAGACCGAGAACCUGUACGAAAAAGUGCGCGACCGGAUCAGCAAAUCGCCUCUUUUCCGAUUCAACUGGUACUUCCAAUCACGAACACCCGUCGAACUGUCCCGCCGAUGUGCCACGCUCCUUCUGGCCAUCAACCGUGAAGCAGAAGGACCAGUCGCCGCUGCCAAACGCAAAACCGGCCGACCUGGCCGACCCCGCAACCUGCCCUCCAACACAGGCUCUCCCGACAUCAGCUUUGACGAAGACAAUCUCGAAGAAACUUCGACCUACGGAACUCCCGCAGCCCCGGACCGCAAGUCGAAAAAGUCCCGCAUCGAAGAAGUCAAGGACAUGACCCCGGAUGUAGCCUAA